AUUCAUGUGAGCGUAUAAACUACAUACAUUGGAUUUUAUACAUAAACUGUACAUGCUUUUGCUUUUCUCGAAAGGCAAAGCACACAAAUUUCCGACCAAUCGACAAAAAUUUACAAUGAGCAUUUUACUUCGGUUGUAGGUCAGGUUUAAAUCAAGAUUUAGUUAGGAUUUCUGAAUCCCAUUUGUGUACACACACCUGCAUCUUUUUUCUGAGUUUUUGUUACCUGGUACGUAAUGUAUAAUGUAAUACAUUAGUGUAGAAAGUGUGUAACAAGUUUAUGAUCUACCUUAAAAAUUAGGUUUUUGGUUGCAAGUAACAAAGCAUCCCAGAAACCCAAGCGGUUUUGUUGUAACCCUGCAAUAAAGAAUGACAUUGACUUAUCGCCCUCAUUUCUAUCUUUUCAUGUCUUCUUAGCUUAAAUAACAAUGCUUUGCUGAGCUGUACCUUUUCUGGUUAAUCUCAUCUUGAACUUGCAAAGAUCCAUCUUUUCUUACUCAAUUCUUCCAAGCACUUAUUUAACGCAAUAGAUUCGUUCGCAUAUAUACGACUUGCGAUUAAUUUUUGAUCUGAUAUACAAAUAUAUUUUAAUUAUGAUAUAAACAUAAUUGCAUUUAUAUAAAUACAACGAAUUAUGACUCGUUUGCUCGAAGUUUUUGGUGUAUUAAUUGCAUACGGACUGACAUCCGUGAAAUGUGCAAAUUGUCCUCAACUCACAGCGUCCGAAGAUGUUUUUCUGGCAUGCUCACAUCCAGAAACUGGACAAACAAUUCCCUGUAAUUCUGCAGAAUUGCCACCUCAAACUGUGGCAAAUUAUGAGUGUGGAAAAUAUUACACGAGGCCCGUGGGAGAGUCGGAAUCAGGUCGUAUGACAUGCCAGACCAAUGGAAACUGGGGUCGGCAUUCACAGUAUGACGAUUUCCGAUGCAAGUUGGAUUGCGGACGAGCAACGCCUGCCCUGCUUGGAGCAUCUACUGUCGUUGUGUUUGGAGAGGUGACAACGCGAGAGAAUUUUCCUUGGCACGUGGCUAUUUUCAGGUCAGAAGGGCCUGGGACCGAGUUCCGAUAUUUUUGUGGUGGAAGUUUGGUCAACCCCACGAAUAAAGGAUAUCUUAUCCUUACGGCUGCGCAUUGUGUCACAUCAAAAGCUCGUACAACACGAGUCCGCCCGUUAGAAGAUUUCAGAGUAGUGUUGGGUCCUGUAAGCAGUGACUAUGUUACAAACCAAAUGUCAAAUGGAACUCAAAUAUUUCCAGUGAAGGCGGCAAAGGUGCACCCCAAUUACAAUUACGACACUAUACAAAAUGACGUAGCUAUCAUGAAGCUCGCAGGCAAGGUUAGAGUGUCUGAUUUCAUAGCACCAAUCUGCUUUCCCACGUCAGACAUGGCAAAUAAGCAAGUUCAAGGAUCAGGCUCGAUUGCAGGCUUUGGCGUCGACCGUUCUACGCACAUCUCUUCGUCUCUUAAUUUCGCCAGUCUCCCUGUACGAGAAAAUAAAUUAUGCAACGAUGCCCUCGGGAAGGAAUUGACUAGCAUAGAAUUUUGUGCUGGACAUCCAACAGGAAAAUCCAUCUGCAGUGGAGACUCGGGAGGAGGAUUGGUCUUCAAAGAUGAGCAAUCUAACCGAUUUUACGUUCAAGGCAUAGCGAGUAAUGUGGAUCGCAGACCUUUACAAGAAUUGAAAUACUGUCAAAAUUACAAUACGUUUACGAGAGUGAGCUCCUAUGUUGACUGGGUGCAAGAUGAGCUGGAUUCAUUCUUUGCUGAUGACGACGACGACACCAACGAUGACGUGAGAAAAAGGCCGACUCAACAGCGUCCUCCGCCUGCAAAUGAUGAGUUCCUUGUGACCGUUUAUGAAGACUAUGCAAAUAACAGAGAAAAAUAUGUUCAAUGGCGAAUGAAGAACUGUUCUGCAGUUCCACAAGAGUGGAACAAGAAACGGUUUUGGCUUGACAUUCAUGGGAAAUGUCUCCUAUUCUUUGAGGGGUCGUACUGCUAUGGUCGCUCUCUUCAGCUUCAAUCAACUCCAUCGUCCAGCGUGUUUGAAUGGAACUUUCCUUCAUAUAAUCUCAAGUCGGUCAGCUUGUGCAGCCCUUCAACCCCCCAACAACAACAACCCCCAGCACAAACAACUGCACGGCCGUCCACAACGACUAGUUGGAGUCAGGGGGUCAACGUUGGCGACACCGGAAAUGAUUACGAGAAAGUUGGACUGCAAAAACACAACUUGUAUAGAACAAAGCACGGCGUAUCCCCUUUGACACUGAAUGAAAACCUUAAUCUUGCAUCUACGAGUUAUGCAUACGAACUCUUGACCAAGUCGAAGCUUGAACCUUCCGGCAAAGGAGGAGAAAAUCUUUUCGAGAUUAAUGGAAGCAGUGAACCAUAUUCGACCAUUGUGGCUCGGGCAGUGGAGCUUUGGUACAAAAGCAUGGACGGUUACAACUACAACUCUCCGUCGGCCACCUCUUUUUCUCAACUUGUGUGGAAAGCGACAAAGGAAUUGGGAAUUGGAAUUGCUAGAUCUGGUCGUAGAACUGUAGUUGUUGCCAGAUAUUCGCCCCCCGGAAAUAUUUAUUUUGUAGGCAGUGGAGGGGAUAGAGCAAAAUACUUUCGAGAAAAUGUCCUCCCUCCAAGAAAAUAAUUUUUAUAAGGCACGACGAGAUUUAUCAACUUUCUUGUUAUUUAUUACUCAUUAUCUGAACGUAAUACAUACACAUGCCUACUUUACCUAGAUUUAGGUUGGAAGAUUGAUUUAUUCUGAAUAAAUUAGCGUUUACAACAUUACAAA